AUGCGCAUACGGGUUGGUGGCUCGGUUGCACCCCAACAGCGGAGUAAAGUCGUUCAAGGCGAUCAUGACAUAAAAUCGUCUAGUACACCCGUUGAGGGGCUUCUAGCUCUCCCUUAG